AUGGUCAGCUUCAAGACUAACAACGUCCCGAGCGAGCAGCUAACGCCACGCUGCCAUCUACCGGGGAGCCUACGUAGUUCCCUGCAGUUCGUGCGCAGCCCCCAACAGUUGGCCAAUCAUCCCCACAGACAUGAACCAGCGGUCUCCUGUUGCCAGGCACCACCCCCGACAAUCAAUAAUUGUCAUACAGUGCCGCGCGACUGCGCCCUUCAUCCGCGGCUCGACCAGCCGGUGACCAAUUCAACUUCCGGCAUGGACGGCAAAAAGAGAUUAUUGGAUUUCUUGAAAAGGAUUUUCAUUUCCUUGAAAGACUAUGCAUACAUUGACAAUAGUAUUGUCGCAGAUAACGUCGAUGAGGAUAGAAACGAAUAA